AUGUCUAAUUCGAUAACACAUAAAACAGCACUUUGCUUAAUUCCACCUGAAAAUGUUUGGGAACAAAUUCAAUCAAUUCGAUCAAAAUAUGAUAAAGCUUAUCCACGUUGGAUGCCACAUAUUAAUUUAAUUUAUCCAUUUGUAUCUGACUCUGAAUUUGCUAAUAUCAAAAUUCAAUUAGACUCAAUACUUAAUCAAAGAAAACAAUUUGAAAUUGAAUUUGAUAAAACAUCAUUUGAAUAUUUUAAACAAAAAGGUAAUGAAUGUACAUUUCAUAUACGACCAAAAAUAAAUAAAGAUGUCGUUGAACUACAACAAAUAAUAGAAAAUUUCUUACCAAAUUAUUUAAAAAGUAUACGUCCAUUCGAAGCUCAUCUUACACUUGGUCAAACAACAACAUCAAGAAUAUCAGAUAUGCUUAUUGAAAUGAAAGCGAAAUGGAAACCAAUUAAAUUUAUUAUUGAUCGCGUCUGUAUGAUUAGUCGUGAAAAUAAUCCCGAUGAUUUAUUUACGAUUAAAAAUCAAGUUCUUUUAGUUGGUUCAGAAGAAAAUAAUAAUAAUAAUAAUGAACAACUAGUUUCUAUUGAAAAACCUUCGUUAAUAGAAAUUUGUCCAACUUUGACUGCAAAAAAUUAUUUAUGUGUAAUUCCACCAAAUGAAUUUUCUUCUCGUCUUUUAUUUUUAUUUGAAGAUACAUCAUUUCGUCCACAUAAACCAUUUCAAAUUAUUCUUGCUGAAUAUGAUGGUAUUCCGAAUGAAUCUGAUUUACGUUUAAAAAUUGGAUCAAUACCAAAAUUUACAAUUGAUUUUGGUGCACGAUCAAUUUGUUUUAAUUAUUCAAUAUCACGUCUUUUUCUUAAACCAACUGAUAUUGAACCUAUUAAACGAUUAAAUUUAAAUAAUAAUGAUAAUUUGGAUGGAACAUUAACAUUAGGAGAAUUGGAUAAAAAAGAUUUAACUGAAGUUGGAAAUCGCUUUACACAAAGUUGGACAUUUGCAACCAAUGAAUUUGAAGUUGAUCGAGUCUAUUUAAUUGAUUCCAAUGGACGUUUUCAAUAUAAUUUUCCAUUGAAAAGUCAAUGCUUUUCAUAA